AUGGACCAGGGGACCAUUCAGGUGUCAUGUGUUCAACCCUUAAAGCUCUGGCACAGUGGGCCAACUCCUCUCCAUCACUGUUUAACCAAAGUGGCUGGUGUGUUGCCAGCUGGUCCUCUGAAUGCAGCUGUGGGAGGCACGGUGAUGUUCAACACAACACUGACUCCAACAGAAAAUCUAACAAUCAGCUGGAAUGUUAAUGAUAAACGUAUAAUCUUUUCAACAAGUGGUGGAAACUUCCCUGCACCAGAGUAUAAAGACAGGAUAACCCUCUUCACCUCUACAGGAUCUCUAGAGCUCAGGAAUCUGGCUCUCAGUGACAGCGGAGUAUACAGAGUUUCCAUUGAACCACAGGGAAAACCACAAAUGACUGGAAGCAUCAGACUGGAGGUUCUCGUGCCAGUCUCAAAUGUUGUUGUAACUCCCAACACCACAGACUUGGAGGAGUUCAAAGACUCUGUCCGUCUGUCCUGCUCCUCCUCUGGAUCCUCUCGCUCUUUCCUCUGGUUGAACAGCAGCUCUGAGGUUACAGCCAGUGACAGAGUUCAGCUCACUGAUGGAAACUCCACUCUCACUAUAGUCAGUGUGACCCGCUAUGACCAGGGACCAUUCAGGUGUCAUGUGUCCAACCCUGUAAGCUCUGCCACCAGUGGGUCAAUACUCCUCUCCAUCAGCUAUGGUCCAGAAAAUGUUAAACUCAUAAUAUCUCCACCACAAGAACACCAUGAGGAAGGAUCAAACAUCGUCCUGUCCUGCUCAGCUGACUCCAGACCUGCUGCUCUGUUUUACUGGUUUCUGAAUGGAGACAAGCUGUCUGAUACUGGACCAGAGCUCACACUGAUGAACAUUCAGAUGAGUCAGAGUGGAAGCUACAGCUGUCAGGCCUUUAAUGAAAACACUCUGAGAUAUGAAACAUCUCAGUCUUCAGUUGUGUCUGUACUGGCCAUCCAAGAAAAAACAUCAAUCUGUUCAGCUGGCUGCAUCGCUGGAAUAGUAAUCGCAUGUUUGGUCGUCUGUGGAGCGGCUGCUGGUGGAGGGUACUACAUUUAUCGAAAAAAAAGAAAAAGUAACAACAAAGCCCCGCCUUUUUCUACUACUAAUCAAGAGCAAGACGAUCAUGUAUAUGAGAACUGAUAAACU